AUGACAACUCUAGCACUGCCGUUCCGCAAUUCGAAGCUGGCAUCGGCCCUCGCAGCAUAUCCUGCCGUGAAUCCGGAUGACGAUGAUUGGGUGAAGAACCCGGACAUUCGAAGCUACUGGACGGCCCCUGACGCCAAGCUUGGGGGCUCCAUUAGACAAGUUCCAGUUCCAGCUGCUGCAUCUGGCCGCUAUGCCGGCAUCGCGGCAGAGCUGACAAGCUAUCCGGGCAUGUGGGCGGUCUGGGUAGAACCUGCCCUGUGCUAG